AUGGAGAAUCUGAUAUGAGUAAUUCUAAAGAAAAAAUUCAAAAGUGCGACUCCUCCCGUUAGCUCAUCAAAAGUCUCCAAGAGUUAUUUCUUCAGUUUGAGACAUCUCUCAAAAUCUCCAAUAAUUUUUGGACUUAUGCUAGAUGCAAGAUGUCAUCAAGAUGGCAUUCAGUAUAGAGAAACUGACUUGAAUAAGUCUAUAGAUAAUAAUUCAAAAGUGCGACUCCCCCCAUUAACCCAUCAAAGAUCUUCAAGAGUUAUUGCUUCAGUUGAGAUAUCCUUUAAAAUCUCCAAUAAUUUUUGGACUUAUGCUUGAUUCAAGAUGGCAACCAGUAUUGCGGAACUGACUUGAAAAAAGUUUAUAGAGAGAAAAAUUCAAAAGUGCGAUUCCCCCCUUUAA